AUGAAUGUCGAAUGGACCGAAGCUGAGGAGAAGAUACUGGGCAUGUUCUGGCAGCCGGCUACAGAUGACUUCAAAUUCAGCGUCAAGUACCAUCUGGUGGCCAGCAGCGUGAUGACCGGGGAACGUGUCCCCACCAAAAGGGAGUUCCUAAGCCUCGUCAUGUCUACCUUUGACCCGAUUGGAUUCUUGAGCUGCUACCUGGUGACCGCCAAAGUUCUGAUGAGAGAGAUUUGGCGGAGAGGAGUGGACUGGGACGAGCCGCUGCCAGCAGAAUUGGCCACAGCGUUUGAGAGCUGGCGGCUAGACAUGAACUACGUGAGAGGAUUUGGCGUCGGAUGCGUGCGGGAUCUGCAGUUGCACGUCUUCGUGGACUCAAGCCAAUCGGCGUUCGCUGCGGUGGCUUACUGGAGAGCCACAUAUGAUGACGGCAAUGUGCAGGCACAUUUUGUAUGUUCCAAAACGAAAUGUGCCCCGAUGAAAACCAUGUCGAUACCACGACUGGAACUUCAAGCAGCCGUACUGGGAACGAGACUGAUGGACACCGUAAAAAGGGAGCACGGUGUAUCGAUCAGCAGCUGCGUACUCUGGACCGACUCCAAAACGGUUCUGCACUGGAUAAGCAGCACCCACCGGCGCUACAAGCAGUUCGUUGGAAACCGGGUGGCGGAGAUCUUGGAGUCCACAGAAGCAUCCCAAUGGAGAUGGAUACCGUCUGCCGAAAACGUGGCAGACGAUGCGACGCGGCCGCAAAUCCACGUGGAUCUGGAUCAAGGAUCACGUUGGCUAUGUGGGCCUCCCUUUCUACGGGAACCUGAGGACGAGUGGCCGAAAUCUUCUUCGGGUGAUGGUGGCUACCCGCGAACCGCGGAUGAAGAAAAGAUGCCAUGUGAGUUUGCGCUGGUUAUAGCAAACUCCUUUAUAUCUUUCCAGAGGUUCUCAAGAUACAACCGAUUGGUCAGGGCCACUGCCUGGGUCCUCCGGUUUAUCCGACGGUGUCGCGGACACCGUGAGAAUAGCGACGAGUACGGGCUAACUGCGGCUGAGUGCGCCGAGGCAGAGCGCACGCUGAUCCGGCUGGCGCAAACUGAGGCGUUCGCUGAGGAGACGCAACGGAAGACUGUCACAAAGGACAGCCAAUUACGAGGGCUGUCGCCAUACGUCGACGAAGACGGAGUCAUGCCAUUCAGUGAGCGGCGCCCAAUCAUACUGUCGCACAAACACGCACUGGCAGAGAUGAUCGUCGGUCAUUACCACGAUAAGAUGCGGCAUCAAAACCUGGAUGCGACCAUAUGCGAGAUCCGGAAGAGGUUCUGGAUAACCAACUUGCGGAGGUUACUACGGAGGGUGGUAACCAAUUGCUACAUCUGCAAACUGCGAAGAGCAUGA